AUGUCAACGAUCAGCUCAACUACAAAGGUGACAUUCUCGACAGGUACCUUUGUAGUGAACACUAGAUCAAUGGUGAACAACAACAAUUUAUACCUGUCAACUGAGACGUCUACCAAGGUAGACAAACGAUCAAAUGGUGAUAAACCAACAACAAAGACAUCCAAGACAAAAACAACAACAAGUACAACUUCAACAACAGCACCAGCUAAACAUAUUAGAUAUAAAGUGGAUGAUGGCGAACAGGUCAAUCAUUACUCGUCAGAGGUCAACAAGUAUAGACAGUUGGAGAAGGGCAAACGAAUGGACCUCAACUACAAGCCCAACCUUCCCAACAUUGAACCAAAGCUCAAGGAGAUUGACAGUUCAGAGGUGUUUAGCAAGGGACACUUUGGUGACUUGGAGCUCUGUGCCGCUCUUACCGACAACUUGACCGGUCACAUGCAGCUGAAGCAACCGACACACAUCCAAUCAGCAUCCAUCCCACACAUCCUCAAGAAGAAAGAUGUCAUGGUCAAAGCUCAAACAGGCAGUGGCAAGACACUUGCCUAUAUGAUACCCGUGGUACAGGAACUCUCCAUCAGACCUCAGCGUAUAUCUCGAGCUGAGGGCUGCUACUGCAUUAUUGUGGCACCCACACGCGAGCUUGCAUUGCAGAUCUUUGAAGUGCUACAGAAGCUCUUGAAGCCUUUCCAUUGGAUAGUACCUGGUCUGAUCAUGGGUGGUGAGAGUAGGGACAGCGAGAAGGCAAGGCUAAGGAAGGGCAUCUCGAUAUUGGUCGCCACGCCUGGACGUCUACUGGACCAUCUCAAGAUGACACAGAGCUUCAUGGUGCAGAAUGCUCAAUGGCUGGUAUUGGACGAAGCGGACCGUCUCUUGGAUCUUGGCUUUGAAAAGUCAAUCAAUGAUAUCAUAACCAUCAUGAACCAGAAACAACAGACAAGAGACAAACGACAGAACAUAUUGGUGUCUGCAACGUUGAGUGAAGGAAUCAAUCGUCUGGCAUCUCUGAGUCUUGUUGACCCAGUCUAUGUUAGUGUCGAAGGUCAAUUGCACACUGAUGAAAAUGGACAGCUCAAAGAGGAGGGCUACGUCGCACCCAAACAACUGGAUCAGUACUAUGUCGAGGUGGAGUCAAAGGAGAGACUGGUGUCCUUAGUGGCUUUCUUAAAGUGGAAGACAACUAGUUCAUUGAUGUCUGGAGGAGCAUCAAAGAUUAUCAUUUUCUUCUCAUCAUGUGAUUCGGUUGAGUUUCAUCACUACCUCUUCUCCAAUGUUAAGCUGGAUGCAGAUCGAUCUGGACAGAAUGCACAAAAGGCCAACUCCAUCUUUAAGGAUGGUGGAACGGUUGUCGACAAGGAUGGAACAGUCAAGAAGGAUGAGAUCAAGAAACUGCCAUUGUUUGCUGCUACUCUCUACAAACUGCAUGGUGAUAUCGAACAGAAGCAGAGAACAGAUACCUUUUUGAACUUUAAGAAGGCCAAAGAGGGAAUACUCUUGACAACUGAUGUUGCUGCACGUGGACUUGAUUUGCCAGAGGUCAAUUGGAUUGUCCAGUAUGAUCCAUGUUCAGAUACCAAGGAAUACAUUCACAGAAUAGGAAGAACAGCAAGGCUAGGUCAUACUGGCUCUGCUCUCAUAUUCCUUACACCGAGUGAGAGGAAGUAUAUAAUGCACUUGAAUAAGUACAAUAUCGAGCCAACAGAGAUGAAUGUUACAACUAUUCUACAGAGUCUUUACCAUACGACCGAGGGUCAACUCAAGAAGACCAUCAAGUCCACUCAACUUGAAUCUCAAGUUCAUGAUUUACAACUUACAAUGGAGCGAUACGUUCUGGAAGAUGAAAAGGGUACUGAGUUGGCCAGGUCAGCAUACCAGUCAUCUCUGCGAGCAUACGCCACACACAAGACACUACUGAAAAGUGUGUUCCACAUUGGAUCACUGCAUCUUGGUCAUGUGUCCAAGAGUUUUGCCCUUAGAGAGACACCUUCAGAAUUGAACAAAAUAACAGCAAAGCAAGACAAGGUAGCAAAGAAGGAGGACGACUUGAAGAAGUUGCAAAAGACAACAGACUUCAAGAUGAAGAACUACUUCCAGACCAAUGAGUUUGGAAAUGGACUUGGUGCCAACAUGGCAAACUCUACCAACAAGAAGAGAACGUUUGUGGAUCACACUCACACCACCAGUGGCGCCAAUAAAAAGGUUAGAUCUGACCUUUGA